UACAUGAUUCAGCGCGCUCAAUCGGCAGGGACAUCAGAUGGGGAGGUCUGUGUCGUGUCCGCAGGGGGUAUCAUCAAGCCCGGUGUGGGGGUUGGCGUAAGCUCGCUGCAUGGCGAUUUCAAUCCAUCUUAAGCCGGCAGACAUGGAACACGGUAAAACAGAGAGCACCGACCUCGCCAUAGCCAACGUCAUCAGCCAAAAAUCCGCCGCGCAAGUAGGUCGUCACCUCGCACGCCAACAUCCAGAUGGCACCGUACACCUGGUACGGAAGGAGGUAUCGCUUAGUUUGGAGACCCGCUAUAAGGAUCCUAUACUGGACAUUGUCCCCUAGAUUCAGUACAUUCCUGAACGUAUAACACGCGAUCCUCCAUAUUCCCGGGUUGAGAUUA